UCACAAGCCGUAGCGUAGUCCCGUCGUAUUAAAAUCUCCAUUUAAUUCGUCCGCAAAAUCUUUUAAACGCAAAAUCUUUCUGAUUUUAAUCUACACAAACAGAGAAAGAGUCUCAUUGAAAAAUAUUUUAAUUCCAAAAUUACACAGCUAAGCCAAUUCUUAAAACAAAUACAGUUGAAAACAAAAUACAUGAGAGAGAGGCAUAGAAAGAGAAUUGAAUGAUGAAAGCUUUGGAUGCUUGUCUAAUCAAAGAAAUUUAAAGUGGGUUUAUUAUUUUUAUUUUAUUUUAAAGGUGGUAUUUAAAGAGAUGGAUAGUAGUGGAGGUCUUGAUGUUUUAAGGGGUCAAAGACUGCUACUGUGAUUCAAAAGUUGUCGGAGGGGAAGUCCUGAUUUCUGUCUUUGUGGAUGAUGGUUUUUAAAAGAAUAUUUCAAUAGUAUGGGCGGUAAGAAAUGGUUGAAAGGACGGGGAUUUGGCAGUAAAUUAAGGUUUACAAGAAUAAUGAGGUGUCUUGGUUCAGGAGAACAUUUGAAUGUAGAUGAAAUGGUUCCUUCAUCUGAGUCCCUUGCAACAAGGGAUAAUUCAGCAGCAAGUGGUGGAUAUUCUUCUCAAGUUGGUGAGAGUGAACAAAAGCAGCCUGAUAAUAUUAGCAACAUUGAAGAAGCUGAAUCAUCUCUUCGGGAGAGUGGUUGUUUGAAUUACGAGGAAGCGAGAGCCUUGUUAGGAAGGCUUGAGUAUCAAAAAGGAAACUUAGAGGCAGCUCUUCAUGUAUUUGAAGGAAUAGACAUUGCUUCUGUGACUCCCAAAAUGAAAGUCUGCAUAGCCAGAAGAGGCGAUAUGGCAAAAGGCGAACGCCGAAAACGACGUUCUUGUAGUGAAAUUGCCCUACCCAUGUCGAUGCAUGCUGUUAGUUUACUCUUCGAAGCCAUAUUUCUUAAAGCAAAAUCGCUACAGGCCCUUCGGAGGUAUAGAGAAGCUGCUCAGUCAUGCAAAAUUAUACUCGACACUGUCGAAUCUGCAUUACCAGAAGGCUUGUCGGAGAAUUUUGGUAGUGAUUGUAAACUGCAGGAUACUUUAAGUAAGGCUGUCGAGUUACUUCCUGAGCUAUGGAAACUCGAUGAUUCUCCCCAUGAAGCAAUAUCAUCAUACCGAAGGGCCCUUCUCCACCAUUGGAAUCUUGAUACAGAGACUACCGCAAGGAUACAGAAAGAGUUUGCCAUUUAUCUUCUUUAUGGUGGCACUGAUGCCACCCCUCCAAACCUCCGUUAUCAAGUUGAAGGAUCCUUUGUACCUAGAAACAACACUGAGGAAGCCGUUCUUCUUCUAGUGAUAUUGUUGAGGGGUUCUGCUCUCAAACGGAUCGAGUGGGACCCAUCAAUCCUCGAUCAUAUCUGUUUUGGGCUCUCUGUAUCAGGAGCAGUAAGGGGCUUAGCAGCUCAGAUUGAAGAAUUGCUGCCGGGGGUUAUGGAUAGGGAAGAAAGAUACUACAUUCUUUCACUGUGUUACUACGGGGAAGGUGAGAGUACGGUUUCUUUAAAUCUAUCAAGGAGACUACUGAGCAAAGCACAAAACCCAAAUUGCAUAAAUGCUCUAUUAUUGGCUUCAAAGAUUUGUGCAGAGAACCCUAAUCUGGCAGAAGAAGGUGUAGAUUUUGCAAGCAGAGCAGUUGAAAGGUUGCAGGGAAGAUGUGAUCAGAUGGCUAGUUCUGCACAUCACUUUCUAGGUGUUUUAUUGUCAGCUGAAGCACGAUCUGCGAUGACUGAUUCCGAGAGGGUUAGAAAACAGUCCGAAUCGCUGGAAGCAUUACAAAAUGCUGAGAGAACCAUGAAAGAUAUAGACCCUGACAUUAUCUACCAUCUUAGUCUAGAAAAUGCCGAGCAGAGAAAGUUGGAUGCUGCUUUACAUUAUGCGACUCAGUUGCUGAAAUUGGAGGCUGGGUCCAAUGUUAGAGGAUGGAUUUUGUUGACACGGAUUUUAUCAGCUCAAAAACGGUAUCUCGAUGCUGAAACCAUCAUUAAUGCUGCUCUUGAUCAAACUGGAAAAUGGUCUCAAGGAAGGUUAUUACGCAUCAAAGCUAAGCUUCAAAUAGCUCAGGGUCAAGUUAAAAAUGCUGUUGAGACAUAUACUCAUCUUCUUGCUCUCCUUCAAGUUCAGAAUAAAAGUCCAGGGCUUCAGAAAAAUUAUAAGGGUAGUGGUAGCCAUGAUAGAAACUUGGAAGUAGAGAUCUGGCAUGAUUUGGCGAAGGUGUAUAUUAGCUUGUCACAGUGGCGGGAUGCUGAGGUCUGUCUCUCUAAAUCUGAGGUCGUUGCGCCUUAUUCUGCUUCUAGAUGGCACACAACAGGUUUAUUAUACGAAGCGAAAGGCUGUCAUAAAGAAGCCCUAAAGGCAUUUACAAGUGCGUUACAUGUUGAUUCGAAUUUUAUACCAAGCUUAGUUGCUACAGCUAAAAUUCUCAGACAGCAAGGAAAUAAUCACUCGAUGAAUGUUGCAAGAAAUUUUUUAACAGAAGCACUACGGCUCGAUAGAACAAAUGUACCUGCUUGGUACAAUCUAGGUAUGUAUUACAAAGAGGAAGCUAAAGGUGGUGGUCAUGCUGCUGCCACAUCUUUAAAUGAGGCGGCUGAGUGUUUUGAAGUCGCUGAACUACUUGAAGAAUCAGAACCAGUUGAACCUUUCAGAUAACCCCGUACAUAAUAUAUACACCAACAUACAUCUGUAUACAUACAUGCAUAACCACGACCUGUGUAAGUAAAGCAAUGAUUGAAUAAAACUUGUAGUUAAACUCGCCUUGCAACAUAUUUGUUUUUGUUUAGAGGUUUUCAAGCUACUUUACUUUUCUCUUUUGAUGUAAUUUAGUAGCCCUGUGAUUGGUUGAAAACAAUAAAAUGAUAAAUCUCCCGGAAUCUUUAUUCU